AUGGUUCCGUAUAAUCAAGUAUUAGGAAUUGCUUCAUCAAAUGUUCCAGCUUAUUCGAAUGGUGAUGAUGAUUUUUUUUCUGCUGAACAUCAUUAUUGUCAUGGAAUAUGUACAGGAUAUAAAUGGCAAUGUGUUGAAUUUGCUCGUCGAUGGUUAUUAUUACGAAAAACUUGUAUAUUUAAAAGUAUUGGAUCAGCAGCCGAUGCUUGGCAUGAACUAUCUAGUAUUGAACGAGUUACUGAUGGAAAAAAAAUUCCAUUAAUAGCUCGUUCCAAUGGUUCUUCAACGUUACCGAAAAAAGAUUCUCUACUUAUUUAUCCUCGUUGUCCAGAUUUACCUUUUGGACAUAUUGCUAUUAUAACUGAAGUUGGAAGUAAUUAUAUUCGUAUUGCUGAACAAAACUAUCGAUUUCAUCGUUGGUCAGGAAACUAUGCUCGUCAAAUUGCGAUGGUAGUUAAAGAUGGAGAAUGUUACUUGAAGGAUUAUUAUAAAAUUAGUGGAUGGAUGGAAAUCGCUGGAAAUGAAGAAUUACAAGCAUUAGGUGAAUCAGCAUUAGAAAUCAUACGAAUGCAACAACGAUAG